AUGUCUAACAUCAUCCACAAAAUGUCUGAAAAACUUACUGGUCACGGCCAUCACGAUGAGGAGCGGGACGACCAAGGAAAUAAUUUAAGCUACGAGCAGCGCUCAAUGCGCGAUACGCAGGGUAAGAGCGGUAUGCCAAUGCCCUCGCAGCAUUUAGGUGAUACGGAAACGACGUCGGGCCACAAGAUGCAGAGCAAACAUGGAGGCUACGAGCAACAAGAGCGCGAUUUAGGCGGAAACACGGGCGGAUUCACUAGUAACCGCAGCCAUCCUGCACAGCAGAUGCCUGGUCCUAUGAUCAGUGGCCAAGGUGUCAGUGACGACGCCUGGGACGAGGGCGACGCCGACGUUGAAGGCAGAGGAACGCGUCGUAAAGAGGGCAGCCGUAUGGAAAACUACGCCGAUGAGUACCAGCAGCGCUACUUGUAA